CCAACAUCUCUAUCUUGCCAACUCACUCUAAAUACCCAAUUCAUUCAUUUUCUCAUGUGUACAACAGAGAAAGCAACAAAAACAAUAAAACCGAAACAAACCUUAAAUAACGUACAUCAUCGCAUUAAAAAAGAAAAUCCAAUUUUACCGAAACGGCCAUUCUUUUCUUUCAAUUUUCAAUCAACUCUCCACUCUGCUGCUGACACUCUCACCAACGUCGGACUAGAGUGCAGUUCGUUUGGCUAAAAGAAGUUGUCUUCGUUUUCGCAAAAAAAUUAUAAAAUAAUAGAGAAAAAAAAAAACAGAUCAAGAAAAGAAGAAAAUAUAUUCAAAUCAAAUGGCGGAGAUCGAUUUGUAAAAACUAAAAAUCCUCCAAAUAUGUGUGUAAAAUAGAUUCAAUACAAGAAAACUUCAAUUUAACUUAACGAAAAAAUAUAUAAAUCAAUCAAAAGUGUGAAAAAAUACAAGACGAGUGCAUUAAUCUUAAUUGGAAUUCCAUCACAAAAGCAAAUAAAAAAAAAAAAAAAUAGAAGAAAAUAAGAAAAAUUUCAGUGCGAAAGAGUGUAAAAUUUUUUUCUAUGCGUGUGUGUUGAUUCAAGAAAAGAAAAAAAAAAAAUUGCAUAAGUAAAGCCAAGAGAAGAUAAAGAAAAAUAUUCUUCUAUUUCCAUUUUUUUUUUUUAAUAAUUUGUUGUUUUUUUUUUCUUGUUGUUGGCGGCGGUGGAGAGACGUCAAACGGAUCCAAAUCGAGUUAAAAAAGAAGAAAAUAAUUUUCUUGUCCGGUUUUUGUGAAAAAAAGAACUCUUUUUUGCUUCCUUUUUUUCUUGAUUGGAGAACUUCCAGGAACUUCAACUGAAUUUUGCAACUUUGCUCCAUUUCAUUCUGACACACACACACACACACAAACAAAAGACUUCGUCGAAGACUUCGUGUGGAAAAGUUAAUAAGAAAAAAAAAUAAAACUACCACACAAAGAGAAAAAUCUCAAAGGAUAAUAAUUGCUGAAAGUGAUUAAUCCCCACAAUCUGCAUGUUCUACAGACAAUAAAAUAGACGUCGCACUCAACUCAAAAACAAUAUCCAACAACAACUAAAAAGUCUGAUGGAAUCAAAAUGAAUCAUAACAAGUAGCAAAAAAGAAAGAUAAUAAAAGAAAAAAAAAAAAAAAACAUAACAAAUCAAUCCUUGGUUAUCAGCACAAAAAAAGGUUGUAUUUCAUUCAAUCUAUAUGAAAACGCUCUUCCUUCAAAAAAAAUAGACAACGAAUUAUAAAAAAAAAAAAAACACUUCCAUUGGCGGAAAUACUAAAACAUUCAAAAGACUUUUCUUUUGUUUAAUUGAUAAAAAAAUAAUACAACAGAAGAAAUUUGUUGUUAUCCAAAAGUAUUAAUUUCGAAAUUAAGAAAUAAAAUAUUAAAAAAGUGUAUUGUCAAGAAAAAGGAAAAAAUAAUUUCGUCGAGACGGAACACUGAAUGACAUUACUUGGGCCUAGCGCCCCUGGGAUGGCCUUUAUGAUGAAAAAGAAGAAGUACAAGUUUAAUGUUGAGGUGCAGCUUAAGGAUUUGGUUGAGGUAGCAUUAGUUAAUGAGGUGCUAUUUGCUAAAAUACGCUUAUUGGAUGGUGGAUCAUUUCAAGAAUAUAGUUCAAGAGAAGAAGUACGUAAUCAUCGUGUACAAUGGGACCGUUCAUUCGAGUUUCCAUGCAAAAUGUCAGCAAAUGCAUCAACUGGUGUCCUAGAUCCAUGCUUCCUACGAAUUUCCAUCCGCAAAGAAAUGAAAGGCGGACGUAGUUAUUACAAAUUAGGUUUUAUCGAUUUAAAUCUUGCCGAAUUCGCCGGAUCGGGCUUAACAUCGCGACGAUGUUUGCUCGAGGGCUACGAUCAGCGUCAUCGUUUGGAUAAUUCAAUGCUAAGGGUGUCAAUUAAAAUGCACAUGCUAAGUGGUGAUAUUCUCUUUAAAGCGCCGACGCCGAGUUUAGCAGGCAAACAAAUUCCAUCGCAAGACGAUUUAGGCACAGUUGUUGGUAGUGGUGGUGGUGGUGGUGGUAGUGGUGGUGGUGGCAAUAACUCACUGGGAGGCCUCCAAACACCAACAGUACCGUCCACGGUACCACAGGCUAAUGCAGCUGGUGUACCCAGUUCGGGUGCCAACACCGGCAAUAGGCCAAUUUCCUCGUCACGCGAUGAUGGCAUCUCACAAUCGCAAACCUCUUCGGGCUUUGGCUCGCUAACGAAAAAGAAAUCCGAAUUGUUUGCAGAUGUGGAUCCAGCAUCGCUGAUUGCAUCGAUUGUUGCCGAUUCGGGAUUAUCAGAAUCCUCGGAACCGGCAACUAAUGCAUCAGACUCACUUUUGCAAACAUAUCCACCGCCAUCGCUUACGUCACUGUCUAACGCACAACAAGUGCUUCCAUGUGGUGGAAUUGGAGGAACUGGUGGAAGUGGUGGUGGAGGUGGUGGCGGUGGAGGAGGUGGUGGUGGAGGAGGCGGAGGUGGAGGCGGUGGAGGCGUUGGUGUUGGUAGCGGCGUUGUAGGUGGUGUGAUAACAAAUAGUGGGGUAGGUGGAAUAAGCAAUACUGGGACUGCAUCAAUGAUAGAGAUGGGACACUCGAGGAAUUCCAGCAAUACUAGUCAAAUGUCAAAAGGCUCGGGUUAUAGUAGUUUUUCGCACAGUCAACAUUCAAGGCAAAGUUCUGAAGGUGAUUCAGGACAUGCUAGAUUCCAAAAAUCCGUUUCCCUUCUAAACAGAUUAAAUCAAAGAGCUCUAAAUGUCAUGAAACUAAAUAUUCCCUCGUUCCUGCACACGAAACCCGAUUGCAUCGAUUCCGAUGGCAAUACCUAUCUAACGCCGAAUUCCUCUCUAAGUGCUCAAACCGAUGUGAGCAUUGAAGAAUUCCGAACGCCCAUGAAUGAGAUGCCUAGUCAAUUUUUACACACUCCUCCAGCUCUAAGCUAUGAAAAGCUACCCAAAAGAAGACACUGCUCCUCAACGAGCAGCAGUAGUUUGGACGAAGAUGUUGAAAAUGCCGAUCCCGACGCAUCGACCGAUGAAGAUUCAGGCCUGGAUGAGAACUAUCACACUCCGAGAGUGGCCAAAAUCAAAUCCAUGGAGAAUCUGUCAUUGCUAGAAAUGGAAUUCAAUAAGGCAUCGGAAGAAUUGGAUCGCAAUUCGCCGCGUCGACUUAACAACGAGGUGAAUUCGAGAAUUGUCAAGAUUAAGUCAUUAAAUAAUUUGGUCCUCGAUAUGGAUCAUUAUGAAGGCGAAGCUUUGAAGCAGGAAUUUGAAAGACUUCGUCAUAGUAAGACAUCGCCAGCGAUUGCAAGGCAAGUUGCAAUCGAAGAGUCUCCAAAGAGUGGUAAAUUUAAAAAGAAUAAAGUUGGCAAUGCCAAGUUUAUUGGCAACGAUGAUACGCCAGAGAUUCUUCGAGAGCGUCCAACACAUUAUCCAAUUGCAAAGAUGAAAUCAUUAGGGACUAUACCGGAUGUUGUUAGUGAGCGGGUAGAAUGUGAUCCAUUUUUGACGCCGACUUCAGGACGAAAGAGUUUCCCUGGUGGACAACCCACAGCAUCUGAAGGAGGGCAAGCAGAAACUGGAAAUAGUGGCAUUGAUGUGGUGGAUUCGUCUUGGAAUAGCAAUUCAAUGAAGGAAUUCACAACCUAUGAACGUUUGGGUAAGCUGCAUUACACUCCGGAGGCUUUGAUUAUGUCUAGGACACCAUUUGAACGGGCCUAUCGACGCAGCUAUCAACGGAAUUCGUUGAAUGUGAAAAGUUCUACACCGUUAAGACAGUCUGAUGGAUAUGUGUAUUAUCAGAAUACGGAUCCGGCUAAUCUUAUCGUUGGUCGUCAAAAUUCCAAUUUAUUGAGGAACCCUAGUUCCGGAUCGUUAGUUAUAAGUGAAACAGGAUCUCUAGAUCGUAUGAAAACCGCUGCUGAAAAGCGUAAAAAGGGCGCACUCGAUGAUGGGGCGCCACGUGUUUCGGAUCGUGUUGAAGAAACUCGUGUCAAUCCAAAUUCAUUAAUUGAUGAAAUUCUCAAGGACACGACAUUAGAUCAGUUUGAGGAAUCAGCAGAAACAUCUGGCCUAAAAUUGUAUAUAGCAAAAGAUGGUACAGCAUCAUUAGGCAGUCAUGAAGUCAAAUCUCAUGUAUCGGCUGGAGCCUUUAAACAAGUUGUCAUGGAAACGCCCAGAUAGUAGCGGAAGUUGUAUUAAAUUUUAUAUAAAUAAAAAACAAAAAAUCUUUAAAAAAAAAAUACAAAAAAAAAAUUAUUUACCUAA